CCUAAUUUCUUCCGACACAUGGUUGAUUAACCCAGGCGCAUCAAACCAACUUUAAGUAUCCCAAUCCUAGAUUAAGUCUGAUUCUCCUUUGUUUCCACUUACCGAUCUUCCCAAUCGGAAUCCCUACGAUUUUAAGCGAAAGCAAAUAAGGGGAGAUCUAUCAAGCAGGGUUUGUUCUAACAUAAAUUAUUACAAGCUAAGGCAGGCAUAGACAACUGUGUAAUUAAGAUGAGGAAGAUUGCACGGUGUACCUCUUCUUUCAAGCAACAGAAGACAAAAGAGCAGCAUACGAAGGAUGGAAUUAGUGGAUUGCCAGACGAGAUCCUCAUUGACAUCCUGUCUCUUUUGACGCUUAAGGAAGCUGCAUGCUCUAGUAUUCUCUCACGCAGAUGGAGAUAUUUAUGGAGACAUACAACUGGUAGUUUCAACUUCGAUUUAAAUACAUUACUAGGAGCUCCUACAGAGAGGAUUUUUUUAUGUUCUGAACAUGAAGAAAAGCGUACUACAUAUACAAAUUGGGUUAAUGAAGUCUUGAAAUUGCAUCUUGGCACCCGUAUAGAUGAAAUGAGGAUUUAUUUUGAUUUCCGUGACCAAUACCCUCACGAUAUCAAUGAUUGGAUUAAGUUUGCUAUGGAAAAGGGUGCUCAAAGGUUUGAAUUGAAUGUGUUGGGUUACACUAUUCCCGGCCAGUGGCGUACAUUUUACAAUUUUUCAAGCGUGGAAAACUUCAAAAUCUUAUUUAGGACUUCACACAGUCAUCAUGUGUCACGGAGUAUUGGUUCUGCAGCUGGCUUUUGUUCCCUGACAGCUCUUCGAUUGGUUGGUGUUGAUAUCACGGAGGAGAUGCUUGAGAAUUUCCUAUUCAACUGUCCGUUUCUUGAACAAUUAGGCAUUGUGGGUACAAAAUGUCUGGUGAAUCUAAAAAUUUCUGGCCCGUCACUCAAAUUGAAAUGCUUAGAGAUAUCUCAAUGCUUGUCUUUGGAAAAUCUGGAAAUUUCUGCAAUAAAUCUUGUUUCAUUCGCCUACAAGGGACGAGAAACAGGUGUGCAUUUUAAGAAUGUUCCUCUACUCUCUGAGCUAUCAAUUGGGGGAGAAUUCUGUCCCCCCUUUGUUUUUGGAUGUUGCAAGCAUUCCAGCUCUCUUCCUCAAAUAGAAAAGCUCAAGUUAAAAUAUUUACAGGAAAUACAGCGGUUCCCCAAGUAUUGCCGUGAUCUAGGUAAUCUCAAGCAAGUGGAAUUUUUCUUUGUAGGAUCUGGUGGUGACUGCCUUCUGAGUUUCACUUCUGUGAUUAAGGCAUCUCCUAAUUUGUCUAAGUUUUCUGUUCGGAUGCAUCUUGCACCGGUUUAUAGAGAGAUAAUAAGGGAAGUUGAUGAAAGAACAUAUUUACAUGCUGUAAAAGAGGCGACUAAAUGUCAUCAUCAAUGCCUUAAGGUGGUGGAAUUGUGUGGGUUUAAUGGGAUUAGCGGAAGCGAAGUUGAACUUGUUUUGCACAUACUUGAGAUUGCUGCAUCACUAGAGAAGAUAAUUAUUGAUACUCGUCUUGUGAUACCCUCUGAAUUUUCGCGGGAAGCCCAAAUAGAAGCUGCUAGAGAGCGUGCCAGACAGUUGAAAACAAGAUUACCUGCAACCAUUGAACUUGUGAUUCUUUAGUUAUUAAAAAUAAUAAUAAUAAUAAUCCCAGUCCCAUGUCUUCUAGUUUGGAGGGUUACAACUUUAAGUGAUUAUCUAUUUAUUCUUCUCAGAUUAUUUAUAAUCUAAAAGGCAAUGUAUCUUCAGGGAUUACAACCGAAAGUAGAGAUGAGCUGCUAUUCUAUGACUGGCUGCGGAAAGUUUAACACAGUUUUGAAUUAUAAAACCCUGAAUGGAAAAUUUUAAAUUUCUUCUUUCUGAUGCA